AUGAAUCAAAAUGACUUCCGCCAGAUGCUCGCGACUCGCGAGUCAUCACAUAGCGACAACCACAGCUAUAGAGGCAAACGGAACUUGAAAGAGAAAGAUUUUGCCGAAAUCAAGAAGCUACUGGGAAAAAAAUCCAAGAAAAAGGGCAAGAAACCAAAGAAUGCAGCACCUUUCAAUGAAGUUGAAAUGGAACAGCGUUCACCUAAGAAUUUGUAUCGAGAUCGAGCAGCCGAGCGACGGAGAGGAAUUGCAGGCGAUAUGGGAGAUGCAGAAGAAUACAAACAUUUAGAUACAGAGCAGAGCAAAUUGCUCGGUGGAGACAUGGAUCACACACAUCUAGUCAAGGGACUAGAUUACGCUCUUUUGGCUCAGUUGAAACGCGAAAAGAAGAAGUUGCUAAGUGAAAAGAAGAAGCUGCUGAGUGAAAAGCAGAAUGAGAAAGACAGUGGAGUUCUUGGUGUGGAUACGACCAAGUUACGUGAGAAUAGACUUACGUUCAAGUCGCGGAUGGGGAGACUGGUGUAUUUUUACGCAUGUCAGAGCAGACCGGAGACUAUAACGUCGGUCAAGUCAGAGCUGUUUUUGCCUGGUAGAAUGUACUACGCAUUUAAUUUAUCGACGACCGAGAUGGAGAGUGUUCCUGUGAGUGUGCAACGGAGUAGAGAGGACUGCUUGGAGCCGAUUGAUGUGGUGAGUGGAAUAGUUGACGAAUCGCUGAUUGAGCGAGUAAAGGAGUUGAUGACCACGAAGAAGAACAGUAAGAAGGUGCGAAAGAAAACGACUAUUGGUUGUUGUAAAGAUGAUGGAGGGGAGGGGAGUGUGGAUGCUAGUCGAGUGCUGGAUGUUAGAGAGGUACCGACGGUUCAAGUCGAAACUGGUGCUGCUGUUGAUGACGAUGAAGAUAUCUUUCCCGACGUGGGCGAGUAUCUUCCGAUCGACCAGCGUUUGGCUGAUAAAGAUACUGACUUAUCGAACAAGGAUAUUGUAAAGAAGACUGGAUACUUUUCAAACUUGAGUGCUUCCAUCACCGAAAUGGAGGAAGUAGUUCGAAAAAAAGAGGAGGAUGCAGAGCGUGCUUGGAAGGAGACAUUGCAGAAAGUGGUAAAGACGCAGAUAACGAUCGACCAUGUGAAAAAGAGAAAAGCAAGGGAGUUAAAGAUGACUGGCGAGGCGGACGACUACGCAGAGUACCAGGGCAGUAGUGCGCUGGCAGACAGUGACGACGAAGACGACGAGGAAACUACAAGACGUCGCAAGGCAGCAGGACUUACUCGCCUCAAAAGCGACUAUGAUUUGAAUGAAAAGGGCCGUCGGAAAAAGAAAAAACAAACGAGCAGGCUUGCGAAUGACCUUGAGAAGAUUAACCAGAUCAUGGCGGACAAAUCGAAACCUGAAGUUUGA